GAACACGCGGCUCCCCGCCAUGGAGCAAUGGGCGUACUACCUCUGCCUCUUCUUGGCUCUCCUCCUCCCUCUCCUGCUCCUCAACCUCAGGCUCAACACCAAGCGUCCCGGCGUGCGUCUGCCACCAGGCCCAUGGCGGCUGCCGGUCAUCGGCAGCCUGCACCACCUCGCCGGUAACCCGCUCGUGCACCGUGUCAUGGCUGACCUCGCGGGCCGGCUGGACGCGCCGCUCAUGUACCUCAAGCUCGGGGAGGUGCCGGUCGUGGUGGCCACGUCCCCGGAGGCCGCCCGCGAGAUCAUGCGGACGCACGACGUCGUCUUUGCGACACGGCCUUGGAGCCCCACCAUGAAGAUCAUGAACUCCGAAGGGGAAGGGCUGGUAUUCGCACGCUACGGCACCCCGUGGCGGCAGCUCCGCAAGAUCUGCAUCCUGGAGCUUCUCAGCGCGCGCCGCGUGCAGUCGUUCCGCCACAUCAGGGAGGACGAGGUCGGCCGCCUCGUGGCCGCCGUCGCGGCGGUGCCGCCUGGGGAGCCAGUGAACUUGAGCGAGCGGAUCGCCGUGCUCAUCACCGACUCGGCGGUGCGCGCCAUGAUCGGGGACAGGUUCAAGAGGCGGGAGGAGUUCUUGCAGACGCUCGAGGAAGGGGUCAAGCUCGCCACCGGGUUCAACCUUGGCGACUUCUUCCCAUCGUCGUUGCUCGCCAACUUCAUCAGCGGCACGGCACGGCUGGCGGAGGAGAACCACCGCAAGAGCUACGAGCUCAUGGAGUACGCGAUCAAGCAACACGAGGAGCAGAGGGCCGCCGCCUCGGCGAACGGCGACGUGGAGGAAGGAGAGGACCUAGUGGGCGCGCUCUUGAGGAUCCGCAAGGAAGGUGGCCUCGACGUGCCUCUUACCAUGGGAAUGGUCAAAGGAGUCAUACUUGAUUUAUUUGGCGCUGGGAGCGAGACAUCAGCUACCACGCUUCAAUGGGCCAUGUCAGAGCUCAUGAGGAACCCAAAUGUAAUGCGGAAAGUACAAGCUAAAGUACGCGGAAACCUCCAAGAAAAGCAUAAAGUGACCGAGGAUGACUUGACCGAUCUCAAGUACCUCAAACUCGUCAUCAAGGAGACAAUGAGGUUGCAUCCAGCCGCACCAUUGCUUCUCCCUAGGGAGGCCAGUGAGCCUUGCAAAAUCCUCGGGUACAAUGUACCCAAAGGUACCACGGUGUUGGUGAAUGCGUGGGCGAUUGGCAGAGACCCAAGGCACUGGGAAGACUCCGAGGAGUUCAAACCAGAAAGGUUCGAUUCUGGCACGAUUGACUUCAAAGGCACAGACUUUGAAUACAUACCGUUUGGGGCGGGCCGGAGGAUGUGCCCUGGAAUGACGUUUGCUCAAGCCAACAUGGAGAUCGUGCUCGCCGCACUGGUCUACCACUUCGAUUGGGAGCUCCCGAAUGGGGUGAAGCCUGAUGGGUUGGACAUGACAGAGAAGAUGGGAGUAACUGUUCGGCGGAAGAACGAUCUGCAUCUAUACCAUGUGGUCCGCGUGCCUCCGAUUUGAUUUGCACUUGCAUUAAUAUGCGAAGACGAAAAUGAAUUCUCAUCUACUAUGCCUUCUAUAUAUGUGCCUUUCUCAAACGCGGAGGCUGUGUGAAGAAGUAUUGUUAAUUACGUCACUACCAAUUAAGAGUCAAGUUAUGUGUGUCAUGAGUGUGUGUGAUUCCUAUAUUCAUGUCUACUAGGAAGGCUCAUCACACUACAGAAAUCUGAGUAAAUACUUUGCUUAUAAAGCAUAUACAUCACUUCAUCAUAAAAUUAGACGCUCAGGAUAUCUUGUAGACUUGUACCACUGACCACUCCAUGCCAUAUUUAUAUCAUAUUAGAUGUAUCUAAUUAGGGGGUAGGACGGAUCGGGUGUUCGGCUCUGUUUGAGGGGAAGUGAAGACGGAAGACAAUUUAGUGGCGGCAGGAGAGAUUUGUGAGGAUGAGUAUCCUCCGGUUACAUCUUUUGAUUCAGCGUGAUCGGGUGGACCAUGAUCUAGAGUUGUAAAGGGGGAUGCGCAUGUUGGAGGCCAUCGUGGCCAUUCCUCAGCAGCGCAAGGGGAAUUCUGCAUCACCGAAGUGGGAUCUGGUGGUCAUGAACCUGGAGGUUGCCAGCCGUGCGAUGGCGGAUGACUUGUCAUGGAUCGCCUGCUUUCAAGCACAUCCUUUGCAGCUUUAAAGUGAACUUUUGCUAGUUUCUAUCAACCAAUUCCUUUUUCUAUUCAUUGGA